AUGGGCGUUUUGAAUCCCGUUCCCGUUGUGGCCCCGUCCUGCAGUCGGUGUUUCUUGCUGGGGGAGAUCGAGAAGGAGGAGAAGGAGAAGGUGUGGUACUACGCACAGCUGCAGAGCCUCUCCAAGCGCCUGGAGGAGCUGCCCCACGUGGAGACGUUCUCCAUGCAGAUGGAUCUCAUCCGGCAGCAGCUGCAGUUCGAGGCGCAGCACAUCCGAGCGCUGAUGGAGGAACGCUUCGGGACGGCGGAUGAGAUGGUGCAGCGGGCACAGAUCCGGGCAUCCCGGCUGGAGCAGAUCGACAAGGAGCUGAUGGAGGCUCAGGACAAAGUGCAGCCACCGGAGCCGCAGCUCUGCACAAAGCUGCCGGGCACAGAGGAGGACAGCAGUGUGGACGUCCCGACGCACCCUGAGGAUGGGGGCAGCAGCAAGGUGGAGGUGGUCUUCUGGCUGCUGUCCAUGCUGGCCACGCGGGACAAGGACGACAUGUCGCGCACGCUGCUGGCCAUGUCCAGCUCACAAGAGAGCUGCUUGGCCAUGCGCAAGUCGGGCUGCCUGCCGCUGCUCAUCCAGAUCCUGCACGACUCCGACCGUGAGCCGGGACCCCCCGAGAGCCCCUCCGGUGCCAAGGACGCCCGCAUGCGCGCCAACGCCGCGCUGCACAACAUCGUCUUCUCGCAGCCCGAUGAGGGGCAGGCCAAGAAGGAGAUGCGGGUGCUGCACGUGCUGGAGCAGAUCCGCUCCUACUCGGAGACCUGCUGGGAUUGGCUGCAGAUGCAGAGCAGGGAUGGGGGCAAAGGGCCCGAGGGCAGCACGGCACCGGUGCCCAUCGAGCCCCAGAUCUGCCAGGCCACCUGUGCCAUCAUGAAGCUCUCCUUCGAUGAGGAGUACCGGCGUGCCAUGAACGAGCUGGGUGGGCUGCAGGCGGUGGCUGAGCUGCUGCAGGUGGACUACGAGAUGCACAAGAUGACGAGCGAUCCCCUGAACCUGGCGCUGCGGCGCUACGCAGGGAUGGCCCUCACCAACCUCACCUUUGGGGAUGUGGUCAACAAGGCAACGCUGUGCUCACGCCGGGGCUGCAUGGAGGCCAUCGUGGCCCAGCUGGGCUCCGACAGCGAGGAGCUGCACCAGGUGGUCUCGAGCAUCCUGAGGAACCUCUCCUGGAGAGCCGACAUCAACAGCAAGAAGGUGCUGCGGGAGGUGGGCAGCGUGGCGGGGCUGACGCAGUGCGCGCUGCACGCGGCCAAGGAGUCCACACUGAAGAGUGUCCUGAGCGCGCUGUGGAACCUGUCGGCACACAGCACAGAGAACAAAGCCGCCAUCUGCGGCGUGGAGGGGGCCCUGGGCUUCCUGGUCAGCACCCUCACCUACAAGUGCCAGAGCAACUCGCUGGCCAUCAUCGAGAGCGGCGGCGGCAUCCUGCGCAACGUCUCCAGCCUCAUCGCCACGCGUGAGGACUACAGGCAGGUGCUCCGGGAUCACAACUGCCUGCAGACGCUGCUGCAGCACCUGCGCUCGCACAGCCUCACCAUCGUCAGCAAUGCCUGCGGCACGCUUUGGAACCUGUCUGCCCGCAGCCCCCGCGACCAGGAGCUGCUCUGGGACCUGGGGGCGGUCAGCAUGCUGCGCAACCUCAUCCACUCCAAGCACAAGAUGAUCGCCAUGGGCAGCGCGGCCGCGCUCCGCAACCUGCUCACCAACCGGCCCCCCAAGUACAAGGACACGGCCGUUGUCUCGCCGGGCUCCUGCAUGCCAUCUCUGUACAUGCGCAAGCAGAAGGCGCUGGAGGCCGAGCUGGAUGCCAAACACCUGGCUGAGACCUUUGACACCAUGGAGAAGCAGAGCUUGAAGAGCCAGAGCGCCAAGAAGCCGCUGCGGCACAUGGAGAGCCUGGUGAAGGACUACGCCUCCGACUCGGGCUGCUUCGAUGACGAUGAGGUGCCCAACAUCUCCACUGGUGUGGAGACAGCCAGCGCCUCCGUCCUCUCCAUGUUCCUGGGCUCCUCUUUCCUGCAGGGCCAGGCACUGCCGCGGGCUCUGGCACACAGACGGUGCCCAGAACCGGAGAAGGACGAUGGUGGGAAGCCGGCGGAGACCAAGAAGCUGCCGCUGCCGGAGGACGACGUCUCUCUGGCCGCCGAGAAGCUGGCCAACAAGAUCUCCAGCACGGUGGCCAAGAUCGACAAGCUGGUGGAGGACAUCUCCACCAUGCACACGUCCUCGGAUGACAGCUUCAGCCUCAGCUCAGAGGACCACGGCCUGGACUGGCAGUAUGGCCCCGAGGAGCCGCCCGAGGUGCGCGCCCACUCCUGCUCCCCGUGCCGUCUCUCGGACACCGGAGGCUCUGCCAGGCGUGAGGGACUGAGCCGGGCGCGAGCGCUGCUGCGGCUGAAGACGGCGUACACCAGCCUGUCCACAGACAGCCUCAACAGCGGCAGCACCAGCGAUGGCUAUUGCCCGAAGGAGCACAUGAAGCCCUGCACCAGGGCCCCCUUUCUUGACUACAGGGAUGAGCUGCAACGCUACCAGAAGCGGCCCAGCAGGCUGGACCUCAAGAGCAUCCUGGGCACCAAGCCUGACCCCCCUGUGCUCAGGGCUGAGCCGGAUAAGCCAGAGCAGAGAGAGGCACCGGAGCGGGGCAGGAAGGCGGUGACCUUCCCCAGUCCCAAAGCACUGGAAACCGGGAGGAAGAAGGAGAUGGGUGGCAAACUGCCCACCGACCCACAGGUGCACACCAUCAAGCUCUCGCCCUCGUACCAGCAUGUGCCCUUGCUCGGGAACCUGGCCAAGAGCAGCACAGCCAUCAGCCACCACACCUCGCUGCUGGGAAGGAAGCAAGCCUGGCUGCCCCCGGCCCUCCUGCAAACAGCCGACAACCUCAGCAAGAUCCCUGAGAAGCUGCCAGCCCAGCCCCUAGCUCCGGCUGAGCAGGAGUCGGUGCAGAAGUACUCGGUGGAGGACACCCCCAUCUGCUUCUCCCGCUGCAGCUCCCUCUCCUCCCUCUCCUCAGCCGACAAUGUGCUGGAUGGGCAGAGCCACAGCGAGAAUGACCUGGACAGCGACUCCUCACUGGAGAUCCUGGAGAUGGAUGAAGGGGAUGGGGAAGCUGAGGACACGAGGCAGGAGAAGGAGAAGGCGGAGAUGGGUCCGACAACACCGGUGGGGAUCUCCCAGCCCAUCACCAUCCCCUUCUCCAAACGUGACAAGCUUUUCCUGCGGGAUGCAUCCCCCUCCCGCCAGGAGGACCACACUCCCUCCAGCUCCUCAGAGAACUACAUCCAGGAGACGCCGUUGGUGAUGAGCCGCUGCAGCUCCGUCAGCUCUCUGGGCAGCUUCGAGAGCCCAUCCAUCGCCAGCUCCAUCCAGAGUGACCCGUGCAGUGAGAUGAUCAGCGGCACCGUCAGCCCCAGCGAGCUGCCUGACAGCCCUGGGCAGACCAUGCCACCCAGCCGCAGCAAGACGCCGCUCUUCGAGCUGGGCUGCCCACCCGAGAAGGAGACCAGCCAGUUCAACAUCCAGUGGGAGAACAACGUCAAGAAGUUCAUGGAGAUCACCGACUUCAAGGAGCGCUUCCAGCUGCCCCAGGACCUGGACUCCAUGGUCUAUUUCACAGUGGAGAAACCCAAUGAGAAUUUCUCGUGCGCCUCCAGCCUGAGCGCCCUGCCGCUGCACGAGCACUACGUGCAGAAAGACGUGGAGCUGAAGCUGAUGCCCACCUUCCCCGAAAAGAACAGCCUGAAUUUUGCAGUGCACGAGGAGCGGGAGGAGAGGGAGGAGCAGCUCCUGGAGGGCCAACGCCGGGCAGAGCCCAGUUCUGACGACGACAUCGAGAUCCUAAAGGAGUGCAUCAGCUCCGCCAUGCCCUCACGCUUCCGCAAGGUGAAGAGCUCGCUGCUCUCCGGGCAGGUCCUGCACCCGCACACCAAGAAGCCGGUCCACGUCCCCGUCUACAUGCUGGUGCCCACGCACACUGCUGUCCCCAAGCACCUCCGUGCCGCCGCCCGGGAGCUCUACAAGGAUGAUGACUCCUACACCGAUUCGGCUGACGGGACCCCCGUCAACUUCUCCAGCACAGCCUCGUUGAGCGAUGAGACCCUGCGUGGCCCCAAGGAGGAGGCUGAGCCCCCCCACGGUGCGGGGAGGAGACGGGAAAUGGGCACUGCGGCGUCGCCGGCACGGAGAUCUGCUCUAGGCAGCUCGGCGCACACACGGCCCAGCUCAGCCUGCAGGGGCAGGGCGGGCUCCAGCCGGGACAGCCCCGUGCCACCGGGCAGAGGUGCGGAGGGGAAGCGGGGACAGCCCAUGCUCGGCACGGAGCCAGAGGUGGGGAGGAGCGGCAGCCCUGGGACGCGGCCCUGCAGCCUGCCCGGGAGGAAGGAUGGUAUGCGCGAGGAAGGGGCGGCCUUCCAGUCGCUGUGCCACACCACGCCGACUGAAGAAGCCGUCUACUGCUUCUAUGAGCACGACUCGGAUGAGCCUGGGCUGGGCAAGGAGGUGCCCGGCGGUGGAGCGCAGCCCGGCCGGGCGCUGCGGAGGGAGCGCUGCGGGGGCUCCGUGCCCAGGAGGGAGCCUGAGACGAAGGGCAAAGCGAAGGGCAAGCUGCAGCACAACCUGAUUGCUGAUGAGACACCGCCGUGCUACUCGCUGAGCUCCUCCAUGAGCUCCCUGAGUGAUGGCAACCCUGGCGAGGGUGAGGAGCGUGGUUCAGCCCCCCGGCAGCGCGCAGCGGUGGGGCAGACGCAGGGCCGCUCCCCCAGCCCCAACUCGGAGGACGAUCUCCUGCAGAAGUGCAUCGGCUCUGCCAUGCCCAAGCGCCGGCGGCCCUCAACGAGGCGGAGGACGGCGGAGAGGAAGCAGAAGCCGAAGGGCAGCGCUGGGAGGGAGCGCCCGGCAGAGGGCAGGCAUCGCCCCGAGGAUUUGGGCUCUGACGGCGGCUCCGACCUGGACAGCGUGGAGUGGGAGGCCAUCCAGGAGGGAGCCAACUCCAUCGUCACCUGGCUGCACCAGGCUGCGGCGUCGCUGUCGCGGGAGCCUUCCUCCGAGUCUGACUCCAUCCUCUCCUUCGUCUCAGGGCUCUCAGUCGGCUCCACUCUGCAGCUCUCCCUGGACAGGGCUGAGAAGAAACGCUCUGGAAGUGCGGCCGGGCGGGAGACGGAGAGGAGGGAGCGUGCCAAGAGCCGCCCGGAGGCGAAGAAGGUGCCGAGCGCCCGUCCUGCUGGCAGUGCGAGGGCAGAGAGGAGCCCAGCACCGAGCAAGCCCGUGCCCAACCUGCCGGUGGUUUUCCGCGGCAGGACCGUCAUCUACAUGCCCAACUUGGCCAAGGACGCGCCCAGCCCGCGCUCCACCCCAAAGAAAUCCCCCAUGGCCAAACCCCCGGCGCCCAAGAAUCUGUCGCUGAGCCAGCAGCGUUCCCGCAGCCUGCACCGCCUGGGGAAGCCGCCCGAGGGGGGGGACCUGGCUCUGCCCAAGCGCAGCACCACGCCCCCUGCCCGCAUCGCCAAGGGGCCGCCGUCCUCGGGCUCGUCCCGCACCUCCACGCCCUCGCAGCACGUGCCCAAGAAGCUGCCGUCACCCUCGCAGCUCUCCAAGCAGAGCCCCGUGCAGACGGGCAAGACGACCGGCCCCCCCUCCCCGCCCGGCCCCUCGGCCAAGCCCAGCCCCUCCCGGCUGCCGGUGAAGACGGCCGUCCCGGAGCCCUUCAAGCGGUAUUCCUCAUCGCCCAACAUCAGCGUGCCGCGCCGCACCGGCAGCCCGUCCUCCGUCCUCUCCGCUCGCUCCGAGGCGUCGGCGCGGCGGCGGAAACCCGGUGAGGCGACGGAGGAGAAACCGCCGACGGCGAUGAUGAAAGGCACGUGGCGACGCAUCCGCGAUGAGGACAUCCCGCACAUCCUGCAGAGCACGCUGCCCUCCACCGCGCUGCCGCUGCUCAGCGCCGCCGAGGAGCCGCUCCCCGGCCCCAGGAAGACGAGCGAUGCCGUGGUGCAGACCGAGGACUUCGCCACCACCAAGACCAACUCCAGCACCUCGCCCACGAUGGAGAGCCCCCGGCACGAUGGCGAAGCCCCGGCGCCCACCAAGGCCGCUCUGCCCAUCUCCUUCGGGCACGAGGCUCCGGCCGGGACCUUCCCCGCCAGCCGGCACAGCUCCCCGAGCCGCGCCGCCCGCGUCACUCCCUUCAAUUACGUCCCCAGCCCCAUGGCGGUGCCGGCAGUGGCCGACAAAGCAGUGGAGAAAAUCCAGGCGUGAGCGGCUGCCACGGACGGACCCCGACGGACGCCUCCUGCCCGCGGGGAUGGAGACGUGGGACGGCCGGGACCCCUCCCCUGCCCAGAUGGGAUUUAUUCCAAUGCAGCUCCAAAGGUUCCCGUGCUGAAGACCAGGCGAAAUCCCAUGGGUGGGGACCGAUCCCUGCAGCCAAGCGCUUCUCAGUGCCCGGGGGAGUCCCCGGGGCACGGCAGCCCUAGGGGUCGUGUCCCCACAACCCAGAAACACAACAAAGCAAAGCCUUAACGCCAGGCUCGCGCCGCACGCUUCAGCUCGCG